AUGACAACAUCAUACAGCAGUCUCAUUAUUGGUUGGCGUUUACAAGGUCGUCACGUCUUAAUAAUCGGAGGGAACCAAAUUGCGGCCAACCGUUUUGAAUUCGCGUUAUCUGCAAAUCCGGCUAAAAUAACACUUGUCUAUCCAAAACAAAAAAUAAGCUGCGCGAAACUUUUAGAGUAUAUAGAAAAGAAUAGUGGUAGCAGUGUUAAUUAUGACACCCUAUUAGUAAAAUUCAUUGAUAAAGAAUUCGAAAUUGGAAUUUUGGAUAAUGAUCCCAUAGUAGUGGAUUUAAUAUUAUCCGCGACAAACGAUCCGCAAUUAUCUCAAAAGAUCGUGACAGCAGCGCGGGAACGACGUAUUCCGAUCAAUGUUGCCGAAAUCCCUCGAUUGUGUGAUUUCUUGUUUAUGCCUACCUAUCGUGAUAGUUAUUUACAGGUUGCUAUUUCCACGAAUGAUAGUAAUGUGGAAAACACGAGUGUUGGGAAAAAAGACCUUAUGCGAAAGAUCAGAGAACAUGUGUUGAAAAGUAUACCGAGACAAAAGGAUAUUAUUGCUGCGUCCAAAAAUCUCGCUUUAUUAAGAAAGAAUUUGGAUGAUGGUAUCAACGUGUCAUUCUUAUCGAAGAUUAUCGAUACACUACCAUUGGGACAGCUUGCUCAACUAUCCGCCGAAGAUAUUGCAUCACUAUCAACAGAGAAUUCUUCUACCUCUUUAUUGUUGAACACUGAAGAAAAUAUAUUGGAUAUAAUUGGUGAUGAGUCGUCUUCAACAUCCUCAAGUAACGAUGAAAAGAAAUCCGAUGCAACAAUUGUGAAUGAGCUUCAAUCAAAUGACGAUAAUACCGACGAUGAAUGUAAAUUACGGAUUAGAUCGAAAAUUAAUGAUAAGGUUUUAUCGAUUGAGAGAUCAGGCGGUGAUCAACUUGUUGAUGGAAAAACGGUUUUAGAGUAUGUCACUUAUGCGUUAAGCACGAAUACAUUCGUUUAUCCGAAUGUAAGAUUGGGAUAUAUUGGAAGUCUAACUGAACAUUGGUCUACGGAGAAUGUUCAGAAUGUAUUCGGAAAGGUGGGGAGAGUUGAAAAAAUGCAAACUCGUAUUGGUGCUGCUACCGCAAUUCUUGGAGCUGCUGUUGCUUUGGCAGAAUCGUCAGAGUUAUCUUCGAAUUGGCAGUUUUCUGCAUUCUUUACCUCACAAGCAAUUGUAAAUACGAUCCCGAAUCUCUAUACGAUCGCGCUUCAAAAGAUUCCCAUAGUAAUACAUGUGGCAGCACAAGGACAAGAUCAAGAUAUGAACAACAUAGUUAACUAUCACGACGCACUAGGUGCACAUGAAACAGGCGUAUCUAUAAUCAAUUCUUUUUCGGUUCAAGAGACACACGAUAUAGCAUUGAUAGCACAUUUAGCUUCAUCUUUGACCCAAUCUCCUUUCUUACACAUUUUCGACGGUAUUAAAACAGCACAUGAAUUAACAAAAGCAAAUCUUUUAUCUUACGAUGACAUUGCAAACUUAAUGGAAGAAAUUAAUGCGGAAGCAAAUUCCUUCAAUCAUAAUUUACUUAUCGAUGCGAUUGAAUCAGUGGCAAAUAAAGUCGGGAAAAAAUUAGGAAGACAUUAUCGAUUAUUUGAAUAUGUCGGCGUACAUGAUGCCGAAUCCGUUUUUGUGGUAUUGGGAGAUGAAACUGGUUAUGUGCGAGAGACUGUUAAACAUCUUUCGCAGUAUGGUGGAAAAGUUGGUGCUGUAAUUAUUCGUGUGUAUAGACCAUGGUCAAUUAAUCAUUUCUUGAACGCUCUACCAAAAACGACAAAACGUAUCGCUGUAUUCGAACAUGUCUUAAAUACGAAUAAUGGAGUCUGCAGAAAUAGUUCAAUUUUAUCCAACGAUAUCUCGGCAUCUUUUCAAUCAGAAAUUUGGACUAGGAAAAAGAUUCAGACUCCGAAAGUUGUAACCAUUAAAUAUCCAAUCACUCAAACAUUAAAUGCACAGAAAAUAAAAUUAGCUCUUCAUCAAUUAGUCUCUGGAGAAACCAUAAAUUUUAAUGCCGAUCUAUUUGAUACUCCGUCCCCAUCAAAUAACUUGAAAAAUUGCAUAUUUUGGGACGCUGAACAUCAUGGAACUGUACACACAACUGCACAUAUAGCAAACAUUUUCGCCGGCAUUCCUCAACUAAAUUUCUCUAGUUUGUCAACUUACGACGUGUAUAAUAACGGAGGAGUUGUGACUACUCUUUUAAGAUUCGGUUCUAAUCCGAUCUCCGGAGUAUAUGAUGACGAAUAUAAUGCAGAUUAUAUUGCGAUACACAAUGCUGACUUAAUCACGAAAUAUAAUAUAUUGCAUGCAGCGAAAGAACACACCGUGGUAUUAUUGAAUUCGGAAUGGAAUGUUGUUGAAUUAGGAACAAAAUUACCUAAUGAUUUCAAACAUGAAGCUGCAAAACGAAACAUUCAACUUUAUUUAAUUGAUGCUAAUAAAAUUGUUCAAGACACUGGAUUAUCUUUAUCGUCAACGACUUCGACCGAUACUAUUAAUAUAGUAUUACAAGCAGCAUUUUUGAGAUUAUAUAGCAAUACAAAAUUAGAUGAAUCAUUGCAAGACGCGAUAGCCAAUCAUUACGAAGGUGUGAACGAAAAAGAAGUAACACUUAUAGUUCGUGCUAUUGUAGAACAAACAGAGAAUUCUCUGGUUCGAAUUGACAUUGCAUCACUCUCAACGAUAUGGUCUCAGCUUGAAAAAUCAGAUCAAAACUUACCAUUUACGAUAACCAAUAAUUCAUUUGGACCCAAUCUCGAUAAACCACCUAAACAAGAAACAAAACUAGAUAAUUGGCAUAAAGUUGCCUUAAAUCUGUUAUUCAAAGAAUCGUACGACCAAAAAGAAAAAACUCGUCCUGAUCUCUCGGAAAAGACUUUUAUUGUAAGAGUGUCAGAGAAUCGAAGAUUGACUCCGUUGACAUAUGAUCGUAAUUUAUUUCAUAUUGAAUUUGAUAUUGAUGAGAAUGACAAAUUCACAUAUAAUAUCGGAGAAGCACUUGGAGUUUAUGGGCAUAAUGACCUGAACGAAGUUAAUCAAUUUUUGGAAUAUUAUGGACUUGAACCGAAUGAUGUGAUUUAUGCGCCAGAUAAGGGUGGAAAUCAAUAUGAAGCAAGAACUAUCCUACAGCUGUUCACUCAAGUUUUAGAUAUUUUUGGUCGGCCACCAAAAAGAUUUUAUGAAUCAUUAGCAAAAUAUGCUAAAGAUGAGACGGAAAAGAAUAAAUUAUUAUGGAUUGCAAGUCCUGAUGGAUUAGAGGAAUUUAAGCGGCGUGUUGAAGAUACAACUACAUAUGCUGAUAUAUUUUACGAAUUUCAAUCUGCCCGGCCACCUGCACAAGAUUUAAUGCAUUUAAUUACACCGAUUAAACCACGGCACUAUUCAAUAGCGUCAUCAAAUAAUGUACAUCCUAACCAGGUACACUUAUUAAUUGUGACUGUUGAAUGGACAAAUUCCGCCGGUAAACAACGAUAUGGACAAUGCACAAGAUACUUAUCAAAACUAAAGGUCGGCGAAAAAGUUGUCGUCUCGAUUAAAUCAUCAGUAAUGAAACUUCCUCCAAUCGACACACAACCCAUAAUAAUGGCUGGCCUUGGAACAGGAAUGGCACCAUUCCGUGCCUUCGUCGAAGAACGUGCAUAUCAAAAAUCCAAAGGAAUAGACGUUGGCCCCAUCAUUCUAUACUUCGGUUCAAGAAAUCGAUCAAUGGAAUAUUUGUAUGGCGAAGAGCUGGAAGCAUACCACGCUGAAGGAGUUCUCACACAUCUUCGAUUAGCGUUUUCGCGUGAUCAACCACAAAAAGUCUAUAUACAACACAAGAUGCAAGAGGACGCAGAAUUACUACAUGAUUAUUUAUUGAAACAAGAGGGAUGGUUUUAUUUGUGUGGACCGACUUGGCCUGUGCCUGAUGUUCGGGAUGCGAUUAUGGAUAGUUUUGUGAAAGCUGGUCAGUUGAGUGUACGUGAAGCUAAUGAUCGGGUUAAUCGAUUAAAGGAUUUGGAACGAUAUAUUUUAGAAGU